AUGAUACCAAUUCACAGACUAUUCACACUAAUAUUAUAUAGAGUAAUGUUUUUGGCAUUGAUCAUUGAGAUAAUUACUGGAUAUUAUGGUAAAUUGACAGGUGACGUUAGCCCUUUUGCCUCGCCCGUGAUGAAAUUACUGAUCCCAACCACCAGACAUACAAAUCACGACCCUAGUGUGGAACUGGAGCUCAAGUUGUACAAUUUGAUUCGGAGGGAGAGAGCGAGACUUAAGGGACUUCAAAAAAUCGCAUCAACUUUGGAUUCACAAAUAACAGAUUUGACACAAAGAGCGCAAUACAUACAACAGACACAACACAAAUAA